AUGGCCCCCAGCAGCCUCUUCCGGGCCAUGCAGCCCCUGCGCUCCCUCCUCCCCCGGUCCACAACCACCACCCUCCCGCCCUUCCUCCACCCACGCUCCCGCACCAGCACCAGCAGCAUCCUCCGCCUCGCAUCGACGACAACCACACCACCGCAGCCCCAAACAUCCGCUCCCGCUCCCUCGAGCACCGUCGCUCCGACCUCCCUCCGCACGUACCCCUACACGACCAAAACCGGCACCGUCGUCUCCGUCGGCCGCAUGGACCGCACCGUGCGCGUCUCCUACCGCCACACCACCUGGGACCCGCACCUGCGCAAGUCCUACCCCAAGACCACGCACAUCCUGGUCUCGGACCCGCGCAACUCCCUCCGCGAGGGCGACGUGAUCGAGUUCUCGUCCGGCUUCCCCAAGAGCCGCCGCGUGCGGCAUGUUGUGGAGCGCAUCGUUGCGCCGUUUGGGUCCGCCAUUGAGGACAGGCCUGCUGUGAUGACGCGGGAGGAGCGCGAUGCGUUGCGUGUGCAGAAGAGAGCGGCGAAGUGGGCGAGGAGGGAAGAGAGGGGGUUUGAGGGUAUUCCGGAGCAUGUGGGACGUAUUCGGGGGUUGGUUCAUGAGAGGGUUGGUGGGGAGGUUGUUUAG